AUAAACAGCUAUUUUCGUUUUGCCUUCGACUCGUCCACAUCGUUUUCGUCCCACAGAAUUGUAAACCGUCGUUGGAAAAUCGCAAUCAGCAAGAGCAAGGGAAAUACAACAGAAACAGAACGGAAUUAAAUCGAAGCACACGGCAAAACGCAACGAAAAUCCAAAGAAAAGCUGGCAAUGACGAAAUAAUUUGAAUUUGCAGUCAACGCGCAUAAUCGUAGCAAUCGCACUCAUACGCACGCACACAAACACACAGACGGGCGGCGCGGCGAGAGUGUGUGCGUGUGCCAGCGGGUGAGGAACUGGCCGAGGGGGUGAGUGGGCGCAGCAGCAGCAGCAGCAACAACACGAAAACAAACACAAAUUGUGCCGUGUAAAUUGCGCUCGGGCCGAGAAGCACGAGAAGCACAAACAAUGCGGAUACGCGAGAAACGCAAGUUGCAAAGGGAGCAGCGGGACAGGAAGGAGCCGAGGGAGCCGAGGGACUCCUCGAAGGCGGCGGCUAAGCGGGAGAAGUCCAGCGAAGUGGAGGUUCUCACACCAGCUACUGCGCCUGCGCCUGCUUCUGCACCUGCUCCACCACCGACAGCGGCGACGGCGACGGCGACGACAACAACACCACCCACUUCGGGGACCCCACCCGCACCCAGUUUGCCGGCGGCCGAGAAGGUGGCCUUCGACAACCGCAUCAAGCGUAAGAAUGUGCUGGCCCUGAACGAGAAGGUGGCUGCUCUGCGGGAGUACGAUCGGCUGCCGGUGUACAAGCACGUGGGGCGGCUGUUCAACUGCAGUCCGGAUCAGAUCAAGAGGAUCGUGCAGCAGCGCCAAGAGAUACUCAAUGCCUGGGAGCAGCGCACGCGACGCAGCCAGGAUGCCAGGACGAUGGAAACGAAGACCGUGCGUGUGUCAAUGCUGGGGAAGGCCGUGUAUGACUGGAUCCGCCGAAUGAUGUACUACAAGGAUUUUAGCAUCUCCGAUGGCCUCAUCCAGAAGAUGGCUCUGCAGUUCAAGAGCUCGAUGGGCCUGGCUCACUUCUUUCCGCACCAGGAGUGGUGCGACAAGUUCAGGCGCACCUACAGCAUCCACCACAGCGACACGAAGCAGCUGAAGAUUGGCUACACUCAGGGAUAUUCGGUGCAGAUCAAGGACAUCGUCAAGGACGUCAUGUCGGAGUGCAUGCCUGAAGGCGGUCCGAAUCACGAAGGGGAGGAAGACGAGGAGCCCAGCUUGGGCAGCCCCCUGAGCAGCAGUAAUCAUCGAAGCGACGACGAGGACGACGAUGUCGAUGUGGACGGGGGCGAUAUUAGCGGAAGAGAGGAUGACCUGGACGAGGAACAGGAUAUCAAGCCUUCGUUGACUGAGCUGAAUCUUUCCCGGGCUAUCCAGCCGCUGCCUCCGCUGGUCAGACUGCCCCUGCAGACCAACACACCGCCUGGUACCUCUCAAAAAGUGCUCCUGGCCACGCCCAUUGUACCACCACAGGCAGCAGGCUCUGGCCAGCCCAUGACCAUGACUAUUAUACCCCUGGCCACGCUGGCCCAGAGUAUCACACAGAUUCCUUCGGCGCAGCCAAAGCAGCAGCCGGAGAAAGACAAGGGCCCAGUUGUGCCGCCGCCGAAAUUGGAGAUCAAGCAGGAGAAGGACAUCAAAACGGAGCCGUGUGAUCCAGAGGAGUUUCAUCCAGAAACCCAGCAGCAGCAGGAGGAGGUGGAGCUAUCCAGACCUGCAGCAGAGACUCAGACUUCAAAAGACAAAGUGUUCGAAACACUGCCAAUGGUGCACAUCAAACAAGAACCGGAGGCAGAGCCGGAAGGAGACAUGGACCCCGAAGCCGAUGAUCCCGAGGAAGAUGCAAACAAUGGCCGCUCGAGUGUCACGUCGCUGGCUGAGGUACUGGCCGCCAAUGUGGAGGACGAGAUGGAGUACAUCGAGCAGAUGCGGCAACGCAAGAUGAGUUCGCCUCCGCCAAUCGGGAAGCCGUCAAACCAUCGUCAGGGAACCAAACGCCGCCAUGAAUCCGCUCACGAUGACAACAACAACGGGGAGUCUGGCGGAGGACGCGGCAACGUCAUCAGCUGUGCCGAUGCCCGCAAGUACCUGAAACUCCUGGAGGAGUUUGCACUUUACAAGGAGAACUACCGGCUGAUUGGGCUAAUCACACGGGCUGACGAGGUGAUGCGGGAAAUGGACGACGGAGCAGAAUAGGAUGCCUCGCAAGAGGAACAGCUACAGCCAAAGAGCACGCAUUGGCUAUUUAGGAACUGUCGCAUCUUGAAGAUGCCGGUCGGUCGGAUGCAAUCAAUCAUUAGAUCUAAGGCCACCCUAAUUUGUACUCAAACCAAAAAUAAACCCAAUGAAAUCAA